AUGGCGGGGGCCAUAUGGUCUUACGUCGACCGACGCAUGGCCGAAGCCACGUGGUCAACGUCUUGCACCGUGCACGGUGGCAAAGGUCCACAUGAACAGGAUCUUCAUCACGCUUGCGGCUCUGGAAGGGUUCAAGACUUGCGUGGGGCAAUAGACCAGCUGAUGGGCAUCGCUCGGGGUCUGAAAGCCCGGCGGGUCAAGGGUGGAGCUCUUGAACUGGAGAGUGUGGAGGUCAAGGUUCAACUGUCUGAGACAAAGAGCAUUGAGAACCUUAACCCCAAACAGCACCUGGAGAUCCAUGACACUAUCGCAGAGUGCAUGAUAAUUGCCAACCAUUGGGUUGCAAAGAAGAUAGCAGAGGUCUUCCCAAACCAAGCAUUGCUGCGCCAUCACCCUCUGCCUAAGGAAGAGCAAUUUGCAAACCUUCACCACUGUGCAAUGUCCAGGGGAUUUGAAGUACGGACGUCAACCAACAAGAUCCUGGCGUCCUCCUUGGACCAGUGUGUUGACCCUGAAGAUCCCACUGUUAACAAAAUCAUGAGGAUGCUUGCUACCCAUGCGAUGUCCAAUGCGGCCUACUUCUGUACAGGGAUCCUGGCCCAUGACCAGUUCUUCCAUUACGGCCUGGCUCUGGACUUGUACACGCAUUUCACAUCUCCAAUCAGGCGAUAUGCCGAUAUCAUUGUACAUCGCCAGUUACUUGCAGCGGUGGCCAGGGUUGGUGACACAUUGAACCUCCCCAACUGCACAGAACUUGAUAAUCUCUCACAUCACAUCAACAAAAAACACAGAUCAUCACAAUACGUCCAGCGCGAGUCCCAAGAACUCUUCCAGUGCCUCUAUUUCCUUAGUCAUGGCACUGAGGAUGAGAACUGUGUAGUUAAUGCAAUCAUUUUCCAGUUACGACUUAACGGUCUUCCUGUAUUUAUUCCCAGGUAUGGUAUAAAGUGCCCAGUGUACUUGAGGAGUAAACAGGGGGAUGUGUUGUAUCUGCCGGACACUGGUUCCCCUGUGUGGAGCAGUGGUCAGCUCAUCAAACAGAACACCCACAUCAUAGUGGACAGUGUCCUGGGUCAGCAGAAGUAUGACCUGCUGAACCACAUCACGGUUAAGCUAAGCCUUCAGGAUUCCUGGGCACACGCAUCAUCGCUGCGUCUAGAGCUUGUGUCCAAUAUGCCUCUUAAGAAGCCAGCAGCAAGCAUGGAGGACGUUGCAAAACAGACGAAGGCAUCCAUCAUUCAGGAAGUCACAAGUGAAGCAGUUGAGAAGAGGCUGCAGUUGGAGUCGUACGACCUUGGGCCCAACUUUCAGCAACUGAAGCAGGAGUAUGGGCAAUCCACUUCCAGUCUCUAUAAGCUGUUUUCAGAACUAAAGACAACAGCUAUGAAAUCAGUGACUUGAUUCCUACAAACAAUAUUAUGUUAAAGGAAACACAUUUGCUUUACCAUAUUAGAGGAUGGCAAUUCACCGCCAGUCUCUUUGAGCUGUUUUCAGAACUGACAACAACAGCUAUGAAAUCAGUGACAUGAUCUCUCAAAACAAUAUUAUCUUAUGUAUGGAAAUACAUUUGAUUUACCAUAUUAGUGGAAUGGUUUUAAUGCGUUUUCUUACAAAUAAAUGGAGAAAAUUAAA